AUCGAGGAGAAAGAAUUUAAGUAUAGACAGCUUAUACACAAUGGGUGAUAAUAAUGAAUAUAAUCCAGUACUCACGCGACCAAAUCGCUUAGAAUUGUUUACAUAUGUGGAAUGUGAAAAGAUUUUAAAUAAUUUGCUAGCCGAUACCCAGCAGACGGGUAAACUUGUCGAGUUCAAAAUUGUUCCAGCCACUGAGCAUGUCGGCUUCCUGGGAGAGUAUUUUCACUUGUAUUUAACAUAUCAGGUGGAAAAUGAGACGGAAGAAAAGUCGACCCGUCUGUUUGUUAAAUCGGUGAUAUUCAAAAAUGCAGAUAUGAGUUACUACAUGGAGAAGAUGGGCAUUUUGCAGAAAGAGGUUCAUCUCUAUGAACAGCUCAUCAAUAAGCUCAAAUCCUUUUCUAAGCAUAUCUGGUGUGGCAAAUGUUAUUUCACACGCGAUGAUCUGUUUGUGAUGCAAAAUGUUGAAGAUCUGGGCUAUGCACCUCUCUCAUUGGCAACCCGUUUCCUUGACGAAGAGCAUUUGAAGCCUUUACUGAAAGCCCUGGCCAUCCUUCAUGCCAGUAGUGUGGCAUAUGAAAGAAAGAAUAAAGUCAGCAUUGGCGUGGAGUUGAGAGAAUGGCUCAAGGAAAAGUCUAUUGAUCCGGAUGUGGAAUGGUGUACAACAGGUCUCGAUGCUGUUCUCGCGGUGACUGCCACACAUCCCAAAAUUCGCAACGAUGCUCAGGCACAGGAAUAUGUAGUCAAUGAACUGCCUCGUGUUCUUGAUAAUGUCUACUAUAUGGUCAACUCCUCACCUCUGCAUCGAAAUGUUUUUCUUCACCGCGAUGCUUGGAGUGCUAAUGUAUUCUAUCAUAAGACACGACCAUUUGAGGAAAGCUGUGUCCUGGUAGAUUUCCAACUCUGUCGAUAUGGGCCACCUGCCUUGGAUUUCCUCAUGGCAACCUAUCUAAAUGCAGAACCCUCGAACCGCAAGAAAAUGAUGGGCCGAAUGAUUACACAAUACUAUAAUAGUUUGUCCGGCGAACUAAAAGAUUUGGGAAUUAAUGCCGAAAAGGAGCAGCUAAGUCGCCAAGAGUUCGAACAAUCCCUGAAAGAUUUUGCUCUCUUUGGCGCCACAUAUAAUUGCAUAGCUGCCACCAUUCUCCAUUUACCUGAUAACUAUCUAAAGAAGCUUAAAGAAGAACGACCUGCUGAUUUCCAUCGUUUUUGUAAUGUCGAUCGAAGAAAAGAUGUGUUGAAUUUAAUGAAUGACCAUGAAGCCUAUUCGAAUUAUAUGUAUGAAUGUAUUGAUGAUUUAUUAGAACUAACAUAUUAUAAAUCGUCGAAAAUAUUAUAA